UAUAGGACCUAAAUCAAGAUACCCGAAUAAGUUUGACUUUGUUACCAUGGGUUUUGCAAAAUUCAAAAUAGUUGUCAAGUGUGGCAGAUUUCUUCAAAAAGUUUGGUGCAUUCUGAAGCGAUCAUUACAGCAAUUUCGGUCAGAAGUAAAAUCCGUCUUAGGCCGGACCUGUCUGUUCCAGUCUGUCAUCUUCGUUUUUCCGCAGAGCGGCACUAGUGCAACUCGAUUUCAGCUCAAGGCUGUUUCCUCAUCCAAGAACGAAAUCAACAUGGAGGAUUUAGCAGUAGAAGUUGUCGGCGAAAAUGGAGCCCUGUAUAAGGGCUUCAUUCUCGAUGUAUUUGAUGACAAAGUGUUGGUACACUUCGAAGAUGAGUGGCAACCUGAUUCAAAGUUCCCUUAUGAACAAGUUAGGCUUCCCCCCGCUCCAAGUGAUGCCAAGGUUGAAUUCACUGAGAAUUUGGAGGUUGAGGUCUUCUCUAGGUCAAACAAUCAAGAAGGAAAUGGCUGGUGGAAGGCAAGAAUUAAGAUGAUGAAGGGAGAUUUCUAUGUGUUGGAAUACCUUGGUUGGGAAACCACCUACACGGAAAUCGUUAGCGUUGAUCGACUUAGGCUCAAAAAUAAUAAUCCACCUAUUGAUAAGUCAAUGUUCUUUAAAUUCGAAAUUGAGGUUCCAGAUGAUGUAAAAGACUAUUGCAAAAAAGACACCCACAAGGAGUUUGCAAAAGCAAUAGGCGCUGGCCGCAUCUUUUACAACAGUGAAAAGGGAGUACUGACGGUGAUUUCUAGCUCCGAAUCUAGUCGUAAGAGGGCCGCACUUGUGCAAGACAUGCACUUUAGGAGCUUGUCUCAAAAAGUGCUGUUGAUGAAAAGAACUGAAGAGGCUGCCAGGCAAUUGGAGAGCACUAAGUUAGCGACCAUUGGAGGCUAUUCCGAUGAGUUUCAUGUUAAAGAAGAUCUUAUGGGACUAGCAAUUGGGGCUCAUGGUGUUAAUAUCCAGCAGGCAAGAAAGGUUGAAGGCAUUACAAACAUUGAAUUGGAAGAAAAUUCUUGUACAUUUAAGAUUUAUGGUGAAACAGAUGAGGCAGUUAAGAAGGCUAGGUCCAUGUUGGAAUAUAGUGAAGAAUCAUUGCAAGUGCCUAGGGCUUUAGUAGGAAAGGUUAUUGGGAAAAAUGGUAGAAUUAUUCAAGAAAUUGUUGAUAAAAGUGGUGUGGUUCGUGUGAAAAUUGAAGGAGAUAAUGAGCCGCAGCCUACAAUCCCUAGAGAGGAAGGGCAGAUACCCUUUGUCUUUGUGGGGACUGUUGAAAGCAUAUCUAAUGCAAAGGUUCUGCUUCAAUAUCACUUAGCACAUCUUAAGGAAGUGGAACAGCUGCGUCAAGAAAAACUAGAGAUUGAUCAGCAACUGCGCAGUAUACAUCACCACGGGUCCAACCUUGGCUCGAUGCAGUCCCUUUCGAUGAGCGGCCGUCGUUCCGACCGAGGCUACAGCUCAGACAUUGACGGUCGGGGACCGGGAGGCGGCGGUCCGAGGGGCGGACGAGGUGGCGGCAGAGGCAGGGGCGGCGGUUCGAGAGGAGGCUAUCGCUACGGUCAGGGUUCUCGUCACCAAACGCCCGAUAUAGAAGAACGAGGAGGGCCAGAUCGUUGGGACUACUCGAGGGACGGAAUGAAUAGGCGCGGCGGUAGAGGCCGACGGGGAGACGGUAGAAGAGAUGAUCGUCGUAGAAACCACGACGAAGAAGAGACAGUCAUGGAUACUCAAGAUGUUUCUAGUGCAGACAGAGAGUCAGUCUCUAGUCAAGAGAGGUCGUGGUCAGAAAGCGGAAGAGGGAGACCGGCCGCCGGACGACGCCGUAGAAGAGGAGGCAGGGGUGGUUACCAGAGAGAACCAAUGGAUGGCUCCAGGGAACCAUACGAACCAGUAUACGAUGUUGCCAAUGAUGAUCGUACUACAGUACCCAAUCAUACGGACCCUCCGGUAGACCUGCCGCCAAUCAAUAACGGUUACCCCAAGCAAAAUGGCGCAUCGGCUCCCCCACCCAACGGCAAUGGAAAACCCCGAACCAACAGACCACCGCGACGCAACGACCGACCCAAUGAACCCCUGGUCAACGGCACGUCUGCCUAGAACCAGCCAGACCAUCUCCUACCACACUGGAUCAUUAAACUUCUACUAGUUUUAUCAAAAAAUGCGCGUCCGUUGAAGCAGGUAAGGGAACGGGUGCUCGUUUAGUUGGUGCAAAUUGGUAUAAAGAUGGUUUUAAAUUGAUUUAUUACUAAUUUGACUAGCUUAGCAAGUGUGUACGUGAAUGUAUCUAGCUUAUAUUUGUUCUGUGGCAUCUAAGUUAAAUGUAUCUUUUCACACUAUCAAAAAAAAUAGGAAUAGAACUGCCUUAGUUUUGGGUUAAGAGCCUGACGCAUAUGUUAUUUAUUUUUCAAGGCAGAUAUAACGAAUGUAUCAAAAUAAUAAAUUAGUAGUCAUCAAAAAGGUGUGUAAGUUUGAACAAAUCCUGCAGCCGUUGGUUUUUUUGGCCGUUUGUGGUCUAUGCCAAAAAAACGAAAAUGUGUCUGCUCUCUUGACGUUUUUUAUGAUAUUCUGUAUUUGAUUUACCGAGACAAGCAAUACAGUAAAAUUUACAAAGCAAAAAAUGAUAAGUAAAUGCUCUACAAUUAACUUUACGGAAAUGAAGCUGUACAAUGGGAAGAAACUUAGAGGGCGUCAAAUAAUUGGUUUUCUUUUGACUCAUGAUUUUUUUUUGCCCUGAUUGUCUCCCGUUGUUAUAUAGCUUCGCUCCCAGAAGGUAAAUUGUAGAAAGUUUAAUAAUCUUCAUUUGUUAUUUUAUACAUUUCUUUGUACGACUUAUGUUAAAGGCAAAAAAAUCUAACAAGGUAGAUCACAUUCAAUUGUAUGCCCGCUAAGACUUAAUGAACGAUAAGUGUACAGAGUCAACUAAAUUGUAACAAAGUUGCACAGUGUACGACCUUACGACCUUUUUUUACACUAAAAGGUACUUUCGUCUGCUAACAAAUCAUUAUUUCUUAUAUAAUGAUUUGUUCAUUAUUUCUUACCCUGAACUUUAGAUUUCACGUAGUAAAAAAGUCUAAGAUGGGCAAAGCGAAUUUGUUUAUUGAUUACUUAGAGUAUUUCCCCUUUCUCCUAACUACCUCAUUUAAUAAUGUUUUUAUUAUUUAAUCGAUUUUUUAAAUUUUAGAGAUAAUAGGAAAGUCAGUUUUAGACAAAAAAUUCGAAGGCAAAGAAGAUCCAAGCAUGGGUCUAACUACUUUGACCUUAAAGCCGUUUUCAAGGUGAUUUUUUAUAUGGUAAAUUUAUUAUACCGAAUUUGAAUGGUACGCAAAAUUUUAUAUAAACAUAAUUGUGUAUCAAGAUUACAUAAAGAUUAAAUUUGCGAACGCGUAUGAUUAGCUCUGACAGGAGGUUAAAAACAGUAAAAAUACUUUGGUCAUAAGUUUUCUGGGACGGGGUAGUUCCAGAGCAUCGCACUUUGUAUAAAGUCCCCUUUAUAUUAAACUAUCCCAGACAUGAUUACUAGUUUAACUUAACUCGACCUUUCAAUAUAUUUAUUCUCGAAAACAUUGCAACACAUUGUUUGCAACCUCUUUACCUAGUAAUUUUUCGUGAUAUUUGAGGUUUGAUUUUUAGAAAGAUACUCUUCAAAAAAGGUUUUUUUCAAUCUUAACACUUAAAUGUUCAUAUGACGCACGGUAGGAAUUUCUAAAUAAUGCAUUAUAUAAAAAACAAUUCUUGUGGAGUCUUUUGUUUUUUGUAGUUAAAGUGGUAAAAAGGUUUUAAAUUCAAAUAAAAGUGUUUAUUAUUAUUACUAUUAUCAUUAAAAUGGCUGCGUUUAGGUUAUCAAUUUCCGUUCCUGACAAGUUUUGUCUCAAACAUUGAGACCGUGAGACAAAAGUGAAAUUUUGGAUUCAUUUCGAAUCCGGUAUAAACAUAACGGAUAUACAUAAAUCACUUUGUCCUUAAAAACGGUAUUGAGGUCGCGGCUUUUUGAAAAAUAUGUUAACGACCUCUGCCCAACAACUUUUGAGUUUGUGACUUGAAAACAAUUUCUUCGUAAGAUUUUGCGUAUUUUUCAAAUCUGAUAUAAAAAUAAGACUUGCCAUAUAAGAAGAACCUAAACCUUAAAAACGGUUGGACGUGUCUUCUUUUUUCUGCACUGCCUAAAACUUUUUGUGUUUAAUUCAAAAUUCUGAGUUAUCUCCAAUUAUGAAAUAAAAAAAUGCGACAUACGUGAUUUGACCCAACUAUGCUGCAAACACCCUGCUCUCUGAUUUUUCCGAUUACUUUGAAAUAGAGAAAAGUAUGUUAAAAAAAAAAUAAUAGAUUAACUAAAAGUUAUAAUUGAAAUUGAAUUAAUUAUAAUUAAUUUAAAAUAAUGUUUGUACCAUUGCACCAAAAAAAGCACUUGUUCCCGGCGGCGCGCAAAUACGGAAACGAUAUAUAUACUGAAGAAGACUAUUUAAUUUCCUUGAUUUUGUUUCUCGGUCAGCUACCAAGAUUAACGUGUACAAAUUUCCCGGAGUAGUGAAAAUAAAACAGGGUGGUCAUCUGCCCGUCCCUAGAUGAGACAACGGACUGUCUUGGUUCUGUGAAUCGCCAUUUUUCUACAUCGUGGGGCGAAUUUAGGACACCCUUAUUAAGUUUUUUUCUUGCGCAUUUUAGGAGGUUUUGUGUGAUAGUUUAGGGGGUUCAUCUCUUGCUGUGUGUUAUUGCAAAGCGGCAUUACUUAAUUUUGUUUUUAUUUUUUAGCACCUUUUAAGUUAAUUCGGUAGAGAUGAACAGAUUGAUUUUAUUUAAAUUUUAGUGCGGAGAAAAUUUUUAUACUCGUGUCGUAAAUUCGUCCAUUAAUUAAUUACAAGACUGCUCAGUGUUUUUAGUGAAUCGAAAUUGUACGUACAAGGGGAAAAUCGCGACUAACUUUCUAGUUUUUCACAAGUUGCGCCUACUCGAAUCGUAAGUUUUUAGUUUUAAAGAUAUAUAAUGUAUUUUAUUUAUAUAUAUUUUUAAGGUUUGUUCUAGUUUGCAGUGCUGAAAAGGUAACACUUGAUACUGGUUAUUUUUUUCAUUUUAAAUGUAAGACUUAUUGAUGUAAAUAAUGUAACGGUUUAAAUAUUUACAUUUACGUAAAGUAAGAUUUGUCAGGUGCUCUUAGGAAUUUGUUGAAAAACACAUUUUUGUUCUUAUUUAUCUGCUGUGUUGAAUAACACAACUUUUUGCAUUCAAUAAAAGACCAAAAAAUAAAA